CUCCAAACCAAAAUCGUCGGGCGCAAUCAGGUCAAAGCUACGGUACUUCUCUGUGUCGCUGCGCAAGCGGAUACAGUAUUCUUGUAGCCAACCGGACGCAGUCUGCAUAGUGUGCAUACUUGAGCCCGUCUACUAGGACACACGACAUGGCACCGUCGGAGCUACCCUUGGAGGUCCAGGAACGUGCCCUGGACCACCUUCACGGCGACCUCAAAAGUUUGAAGUCUUGCAGCUUCAUCUGUCGCGCAUGGACUCAUACGACGCGAUUGCACCUUCUCUGGACCAUCGUGUUGAACACAGAACACGAUGCCAUCCGUUUCCUGUCUCUUCUAGAGGAAUCUGAUCAGCUCGGCACCGGUGUUGCAUCCGGAGUGCGGGAGCUUCAGCUGCCGAUGGGGGAUUCUUACUACCAGGAGCACACAGAGAUGACCUACGAAUUGUUGCGCAGCAUCUCGCGCCGCCUUCCUGUGGUCGAGGUUCUCUAUGUCAAGCACUUCAAUAUAACCGCGUUCAUGGAAUACUUAUGGUCCGAUGACGAGGCUUUCAAUUUGCAAGAUGCUAUAUCCUCGAUUCUCGUCUUCCCCCGCCUCAAAGCGAUUCACUACAACUAUUUGGAGCUCAGAAGCACUAGCGAACUUUUGGAGUUCCUCGGGGCCUUCCCAACAGUCUCUUCCCUGCACGCGCAUAACAUUAGUGACCACCGGCGGGUAGAACCGUGGCCUCUCGAGAGAACCGCCAUCCAGGACUUUGUCGCAAGGCGUCAUCAGGGAUGUAUCACUAUACAAGAUAUCAUGGGAGACAACUUCGUCACACGGCUAGAAGCGCUGUCCGAGCUACUGGCGGCGCUAACGGUUCCCCCAUUUGACUUACGGCUCAAGAGAUUGGGAUGGACGGAUGAGGGAAUGGUAGCUGGAUGGGACGACUUUCUGCCUGUGCUGGUGCCGAUGUUCCGCAGAGCAGAAGCAACAUUGGAGCACCUCGAGUUUGCCUUCAGGUCCAGUGACGUGUGGCUGGAACAUCUCGACUUGGCUAAUCAUUGUCGUCUGAAGUCCCUCUCACUCACCUUCCGUCUCUCCUCCCGAGAUCAUUGGCCCCACGUCCCAUUGUUCCUGUCGAGGAUUACCUCUACGGAAUUGCGCACUGUGGACUUCCACUUCUAUUCCUCCGAACAACACUUUCUCCGGGAGUUCUUCGAUUGGCCGGCUCUGAGCGAUGCAUUGAUCGCUUUGCAUCGCAAAUGCCUGACGAUGACGGUCACAUUCUACUUCUGUACAUAUGCGGGGUGUGGCACCACUGGCAUCCCCGAUGCAAUCGAUCCUCUGAGGGUACGAAUUGCUUCAGUUCUCGCCAUAGGAAUGCGUGUAGUUGUCGAUCGGCGCGUCGUCACUAGCAAAGGCGGACUUUUCACGGAUGGGUGGAUACCUAUAGUGUCAAAGCGCGUCGUACUUGAAGCUUGACUGGUGACCAAGAGCUGUAUCUAGACUUAAGGCUUCGGACACAUCUUGUCGCUGAUAUCUUUCUUGAACGGUGUAAUCUAGUCCUCUUGUAUAGUCUGUAAAAGUCUCCGGCUCGAUCUCUUGUGAUAUUGUGUACUUAGGAUUGUGUUGACGAACGAUCCACGACAGAUAAUUUGGGG